CCGAGCCGCAGGUGGCGGCGGGCGCGGGGCUCGGCCCGAGCUCGGGAGACAGGCAUUAGACAGGAGCCUAUAGGCGACUCCACCAAGGCCAUCAGGAUGUCGUACUUUGGGGAACAUUUUUGGGGGGAGAAGAACCAUGGCUUUGAGGUCUUGUACCACAGUGUGAAGCAGGGGCCCAUCUCCACCAAAGAGCUGGCCGACUUCAUCAGGGAGAGGGCCACCAUUGAGGAGACCUACUCGAAGGCAAUGGCAAAACUUUCCAAGCUGGCCAGCAAUGGGACCCCCAUGGGGACCUUUGCCCCACUCUGGGAGGUCUUUCGCGUCUCCUCGGACAAGCUGGCACUCUGUCAUCUGGAGCUGACCCGGAAACUGCAGGACCUCAUCAAGGAUAUACUCCGUUAUGGGGAGGAGCAGCUUAAGACCCACAAGAAGUGCAAGGAGGAAGCGGUGGGCACCUUAGAUGCGAUACAGGUGCUCACAGGUGUCAGCCAGCUCCUGCCCAAGUCCCGCGAGAAUUACCUGAACCGCUGCAUGGACCAGGAGCGACUGCGCAGGGAGAGCACCAACCAGAAGGAAAUGGACAAGGCAGAAACUAAGACCAAGAAGGCAGCUGAGAGCCUGCGGCGCUCUGUGGAGAAGUACAACUCAGCUCGCGCUGACUUCGAACAGAAAAUGCUAGACUCAGCUUUGCGCUUCCAAGCCAUGGAGGAGACUCACCUGCGGCACAUGAAGGCAUUGCUGGGCUCCUAUGCCCACUCAGUGGAGGAUACCCAUGUGCAGAUUGGGCAGGUGCAUGAGGAAUUUAAGCAGAACAUAGAGAACGUCACUGUGGAAAUGCUGCUGAGGAAGUUUGCCGAGAGCAAAGGCACAGGCCGGGAAAAGCCUGGGCCUUUGGACUUUGAGGCAUACAGCGAGGCUGCCCUACAGGAAGCAAUGAAACGUUUGCGGGGAUCCAAGGCCUUUCGCCUCCCAGGACUGAACCGGCGUGAACGGGAGCCACCUGCAGCUGUAGGUUCCCUGGAGCCCGAUUCCGGGACAUGUCCAGAAGUGGAUGAAGAAGGUUUCACUGUCCGGCCUGAUGUGACCCAAAGCAGCACAGCUGAGCCUUCCCGCUUCUCAUCCAGCGACUCAGACUUCGAUGACGAGGAGCCCCGCAAGUUCUACGUGCACAUCAAGCCUGCCCCCGCCCGAGCCCCAGCCUGCAGCUCUGAGGCUGCCGCUGAGCAGCUCAGGGCUACAGCUGGCAGCCUCAUCCUUCCUCCCGGCCCAGGGGGCACCAUGAAACGUCACUCUUCACGGGAUGUUGCUGGGAAACCACAGAGGCCUCGCUCUGCCCCAAGGGCCAGCAGCUGUACGGAGAAGGCUCAGUCCGAUGAGCAGUUUUCCAAGAACCUCUUUGGGCCACCCCUAGAAUCCGCCUUUGACCACGAAGACUUUACAGGCUCCAGUAGCCUGGGCUUCACCUCCAGCCCUUCGCCUUUCUCUUCCUCGUCUCCUGAGAAUGUGGAGGACUCCGGCCUGGACUCACCCUCCCACGCAGCACCUGGCCCCUCCCCAGAUUCCUGGGUCCCCCGCCCAGGCACUCCACAGAGCCCGCCUGGUUGUAGGGCACUGCCCCCUGAGUCGAGGGGCACACGUCCCCUGCCGCCAUCAGACUCGCCACAGUCCUUCACAUUGGCCCCUGGCCCCUGGGGGCUGGAGGCUGUGACUGGAGGAGACCUGACGCCUGUACCUGCUGAGCCAAUAUCCAGGGAGGGCCUGGCCGCCCCACCGCAAAGACACCGAUCCAGAAAGGUGUCCUGCCCCCUCACACGCAGCAACGGGGACCUGUCUCGUUCCCUGAGUCCCUCCCCACUGGGUUCUUCAGCCCCCAGCAUGGCCCCAGAACGGCCCAACUUCCCAUCCCAGACAGGGCAUGGAGUCUCCCGGGGCCCAAGUCCUGUUGUCCUAGGCUCUCAAGAUGCUCUGCCUGUGGCCAUCGCCUUCACAGAGUAUGUCCACGCCUACUUCCGGGGCCACAGUACCAGCUGCCUGGCUCGAGUAACUGGGGAGCUGACCAUGACCUUCCCUGCUGGCAUCGUGAGGGUGUUCAGUGGGACCCCACCCCCACCUGUCCUCAGCUUCCGCCUGGUGCACACAGCCCCCAUCGAGCACUUCCAGCCCAAUGCUGACUUGCUCUUCAGUGACCCCUCCCAGAGUGACCCUGAGACCAAAGACUUCUGGCUCAACAUGGCAGCUCUGACCGAGGCCCUGCAACGCCAGGCAGAGCAGAACCCAGCUGCCUCCUAUUACAACCUCGUGCUGCUCCGAUACCAGUUCUCCCGCCCAGGUCCGCAGUCGGUGCCCCUGCAGCUGACCGCCCACUGGCAUUGUGGGGCGACGCUCACUCAGGUCUCAGUGGAGUACAGCUACCGGCCUGGUGCGACAGCCGUGCCCACGCCGCUCACCAAUGUCCAGAUCCUGCUGCCGGUGGGAGAGCCUGUGACCAACGUCCGCCUGCAGCCAGCUGCCACCUGGAACUUGGAGGAGAAGCGGCUCCUCUGGAAACUUCCAGAUGUGUCAGAAGCAGGGGGAUCCGGCCGUCUGUCCGCCAGCUGGGAGCCAUGCUCGGGGCCCAGCACACCCAGCCCUGUGGCUGCCCAGUUCACCAGCGAGGGGACCACUCUGUCAGGGGUGGAAUUGGAACUGGUGGGCAGUGGCUACCGCAUGUCGCUGGUAAAGAGGAGAUUCGCCACAGGGAUGUACCUGGUAAGCUGCUAGGCCCACAGAGCCCGCCUGCUGCUGACCCCAGCCCAGCACUGCCCUCUGC